GUGUAGAUCGAGCGAAUUCCGAAAUGCUCUUAACCAAAAAUGGCAUGGAUAAUAGGAAUACCGAAUAGGAUGUCUAUGGCUACGAGUUGUUGGUGCAGGUUAUCCAAAGAGAAUAAUCGCAGUUACCAAUCUACUAAGAUAUAUAAAACAACAACAUUAUUCUGGACAAGACGACGAACCAGUGGUUGUAGUAAAAAAGCCUUGUGGUGUUAUUGUGGUGUGGAUGACAGUUACUACUAUCGAGUGUUGGGAGUUGAACCCAACGCGGACUGGGAUACUGUCAAACGAGCCUAUAGAAAAAAGGCUCUCGAAUGUCAUCCCGAUGUAUGCAAAGACCCCAACGCGAAAGAAAAGUUUGUUCGAAUCCUUCACGCUUAUCAAAAGUUAUCCAACCACAAAGAAAGAAGUGGAACAUUUAGAGAAUACAAAAGUCCACAGAACAACACGGAGACUCAUCAAGACUUUAUGAAAGAAUGGAGAAAGAAGAAUCCUUAUCCAGAGGACUUGGAUGAUAAUUGGGCCAGUUUAUGGAACGAUAUAGUGGAUGGUGCCAAAAAGACAGCCAAGGGUUGGAAGCAAUCUACUUUAGGAGUUGAAGGCAGUGCUUCUUUUUUGGAUGAUCUUUUGAGUUUUAUUCAAGAUCAAUUGGUUGGGUUAUCUUCCAAAGAGCAAGAAGAAGACUUUGAAGCAGUGCUUCGCAGUGGAAAUCAGGAGCUUAUAAGAAGAGAGAUUGAACACAGGGAGGCUCUUUUAUACCAAUUACAGAAGAAAUGGGAAGCUUCAGAGGCAGUUUUGGAAGCUAAAAAACGUAUUUUAGAUAUUUUAAAACGAUUGUAUGAUAAGUAUGAAGGACAAACUCAUAUACGAGAUGAGUUGAACAAACAGAUGGAUACCGCCCAAUCAGAAAAGGAUCUUUGGUAUGAAAGGGUUACCAGUAUCAAGAAACAACAACAACAAGAAAUGACAAAAGUCAACCGAUUGAAGACACAACUGGAUGUGGAUGAAGAAUUGCAAGGAUUGAAAAAUCAAAUGGGCUUAUGAAUGCCGUGUCUACGGGAAUCAUCGAACAUAGCACGAGCCAAAGGGACUUCU